CGGCGCGAGUGUCGGAAGGCGAGGCGGUUGGUGCGCUCGCUCGAGCCCCGCGAUCAUGGCGGCUCCCUUAGCGCAGUUCGACGAGGACUGGCAGGAUUUCUACGAGUUCAAGCCCUGCCAGGACGGUCACACGCUGGACCACGUCAACUCCAACGGCGUGGCCGGCAAGAGCGGCGCGGUGGGCUCCCUGGAGGGCACGCUGGAGGACUUCUCCGAGCUGGACAACUUCUCGGGAGAGAUCGUCAGCUUCAAGUCCAUGGAGGACCUGGUCAACGACUUCGACGAGAAGCUGACCGUGUGUUUCCGGAACUACAACACCAACACCGAGAACAUCGCGCCCGUCAAACCCAUCUCCGAGGAAAACAUCAUGAAGGACGACGAGAUUUGGAAUGCAUUGACUGAUAACUAUGGAAAUGUAAUGCCUGUGGACUGGAAGACAUCCCAUACUCGAACCUUGCACCUACCUACGUUGAACCUAUCAGAAAAGGCAUUGAACGACAACCUUAACCUUGAUCUCUCUGAUGAUGAGGAGCUUCGGGAGCAGCUGGACAUGCAUUCCAUCAUUGUUUCGUGUAUAAACGAUGAGCCUCUCUUUACGGCUGAGCAGGUGAUUGAGGAAAUUGAGGAAAUGAUGCAAGAGUCUCCAGACCCUGAGGAAGAUGACACACCCACACAGUCUGACCGCCUCUCCAUCCUCUCCCAGGAAAUUCAGACACUUAAGAGGUCUAACACGAGUAACAGCUAUGAAGAACGUGUGAAGCGAUUGUCCAUGGCUGAAUUAAAUGAGCUUCUGGAGGAGAUUGAGACUGCGAUAAAAGACUACUCUGAGGAACUAAUCCAGCAACUAGCACUGCGUGAUGAGCUGGAAUUUGAGAAGGAGGUGAAGAACAGUUUCAUCUCUAUACUCAUUGAAGUCCAAAACAAGCAGAAAGAGCACAGGGAAACCAUGAAGAAGAAGAAGAAACAAAAGAACAGCAGCCCGCAGAAUGGGAAACAGGAGAAAAGUCACAUGCCAGGGACGCGUUUCAGCAUGGAGGGACUUUCCAAUGUUAUUCAGAAUGGCUUUCGCCAGACAUUUGGAAGCUCGGGUGGUGAAAAACAGUAUUUGACAACAGUUAUUCCGUACGAGAGGAAAGGUGGCCCUCCAUCUGUAGAAGAUCUUCAGAUCUUGACUAAAAUCCUUCAGGCAAUGAGGGAGGAUAGUGAGAAAGUGCCAAGUUUGCUGACAGACUACAUUCUGAAAGUUCUGUGCCCAACCUAAAGUCAGCAUUAGGUCUUCGUGACAGAGGGACAUUGACACCAUGUUCUGCUAAUGAACACGAAGAAGAAAACAUCUUUGUUCCUCCAUGGAUCCUAGUGAACUAACUUCUCUUCUAGAGCGUAUUGCUUAGCUUGUCUUCAUUUAAUCCCACUAGCACUCGGAGAGUAGUUCUAUCGUGUGGCUGUGAAGAUUUUAUCUCUAUUUCCUUUCGUGGCAGACUGGAUCAGGUGCAAGUGUUAACAUGACCCAGUGCAAACUCACCUGGUCGUUUCAAACCGAGCAUAGAACAAAAGAACAGUUGUACAGUUUCAACCAUGAGUAUUGUUUUAGCGGCAUAAUAUCUAUUUUUACAAUGUGUAGCACCUAGAGAAGUGACCUUUUUAUCAUAAGUGAAUGUAAAUAGGCUCAGCGGUUUUAACCAGCCAACAAGCAGCAACCUGUAUUAUUUUAUUAUUUAUUUCAGCUAUAAUAGUUUUGAAAAAGGGAACAAAUGGUUUAACUGCACUAAUGAGGCAUUCUGUUGCAAAAAGGCUCUUAUCACAAUGAUCACAAAUAGCCUUGGGGUGGGGGCUAAAUAAUAGCAUCGCUUGAGUAUGUAAAAAGCACAAAUCUUCAGCUACAACAGGAGUGCAAAUCUAAUCGAACUUUGCAAAUGUCAUAAUAGUUUUCAGAUAAAUCAUUGCAGGGAAGAACUCUGUCGAUAUCAACAGUGUAAACCAUUGAUAUUCGAGUCUGACAAUUUGUCAACCAGAUUGGUGUACAGUAUUGCAUUACGCAACAUUAGUUUGAACAUAUUAAAUUUAGAUAAAAUUCCCGUUGCUGGCCUGCAAAGACUGACAUUUAAUUUUGCUCCUCUCAAAAAAUAAAUACUUUUAUUAGAUUUGAUUAGAUGUGUAUUAAAACUCAGUGUAUUUUUACAGUAUUUUCAUAGCUACAGAAAUAGGCCUCCUUUUUUUUGUUGCUUCUGUGUUUGAAAAAAUGGAACUUAUUAAAGGUAAGUAUUCUGAUUACUUUCAUCAGUGUUAAAUUAAAGCUAAUAAAAAUGGAGGAGGUUCUGCCUCUCAACUGAGAUCAAGUAUUAACUUACCAUACACAGGACAAGCAUGUCUACCACACUAGAGCAAACACAUUGGACAUUCAUAUUUCAGUGUUGCAUUAGGACAGCUUGAGGCAAAAUGAUGAAUUAUAAUCCCCCCCAACAACUCGGAGUGUCCAGCGUCUGGGACAACCUCCUAACGUGAAAGGUUCUGUAUGAAUGCAGUUUGCUGGUGUUGUAUACAGUAAAUUAAAAGCAGAGAAACAGGAAUAAGCAAUAGUCACGUGAUCUUAAAAAUCCUAAUUUUCCACCCAAAAUGCAGGGUCUGGUAAGUUUCCACCUCAUUGAGGAUUUCUCCCCAAUAACCUUUUUAAUCGCUUUUAAAGAUGAUGGGUUUCAAUUUCUUAGACCAAUAUUCCAUUGACCUUCACGUGGCAUACUGAUAUCUACAUUCCUGGAAGACUGCCACUCAGAUGGUGCUCUUGCAGACCUACAUCCCUGAGUCCACCGCUUGUUUAACACAAAUUUUUCACCUAUUAGGGAACUCUCCUCUUAGGACUCAAUAGAAAAGAUUUGAACUGGCUGGCAGACUACGCAGGUUUCUGUUUGAUGGAGCUCUUUGUGGAAUGUUAUGUGAUUCAUCCUGUAUCUGACCUGAAUUCACCAUGCCACACAAAUGGAUGCUAAUCAUGUGCAAUGAAUGUUAUAGGUUUAUCAUUAAGAAUUGUAUUUCUUCUUUGUGGAAGUACGAGUUUGUUAUUGUGAGUGUUUUUUAGCCCAUAUGUGUAUUCUAGGCAGCAUGCUAACCAUUAUUGUAAACCGUGUAUGUACUGUGGUUGCAGCAAGACAAAAAAUAGGAUUUUUUUUAAGUUGCAGAUCUUUUCGUUCCUUUUUUUCAUUAAUUUUUGCCAUCUUGUAACACACUGCCAAGUUCAUGGUAACAAACAUUCAAAUCUGACCGAGCUCAUGCACACUGCAGUGGACUCCAGCGCACGCCAUAGCUCCUUAGAACAUGUUUUCAAUUGAAGUGCAGCUUAAAGAGAGUAAAAUUAGCUUGCAGGUUCGACCCAAAAUGCCAUUAACUAUGUGAAAAGCAGAGCCUCAUCAAUGUACUAUACAGUCAUAUGGAGCGAGUAAUAAAUAUAGGCCUGCACAAAACACACAUGUUUAAAUUACUAGAUAGACUGCAUGAGCAAUCAUUUCUUGUACUUAAUCAAAACAUAUCGCCUCUAACAGUACCUGCAGAAUCUGUUAAACCAAGCAUGCCUGUGUAUUCGAUAUAGUAAUAAUGGUCCUGUAAUAAAGAAUGGGUUUACUUUACUGUUGGAAAAUAACUGGCCCUGUGGAGAGGGAUUUUUUCUUUUUAAUUUUUAUGUUUUUUUAAGGAGCUGCAGUAGUCUUAAUUUAUUAUUUCUGUAUGUUUGGCAGAUUGUAAUGUUUGUGGCAGUAAUUUUAUUUUGUAACUGAACCCUUUGAGAACAAAUAAACUUGAUUUACACA